UUUGGCAUUCUCAAUAGGCCGUAUAGGUAUAUUAAGAUGGGCGGAAGUUGUGCACAUGAAAUUUGAGUGGAAAACUAGAAGCAGGGCAGCGCUGUGCUGUGAUUCAAUGGUGAUGGCAGGCGGGGUUUUUGCAUCUAUUUCAGCUUCCCAAUUAAAGCCCUUAUUUGGCAGGCGGCAUACACACGUAAACUCAUGUUCCUCUCUUCUGGUUGCAAACGAUGGCAGACACCGCACUCUAUUGUCUACCACUCCCAAAUCCCAUUCGGGUUUUACAAAUGGUUUAAGCUUGAAGUUGAUAAGAGGAAAAGGCCGAGGCCUAAAAGAGAUGAAAUGUGUGAAGGCGGUCAAUAGCCCUCCAGAAUGGUAUAGGGACAGGGCAGACGCAUUUUGGAAAGAAAUAAUGGUUCCCAUGCUGAGAAAGGUGACUCCAUUGGAGGUGUCGAAAUGGGCAGCAAUGGCAGCUAUUUCCAUUUGGGCCACCAAGUUCAUAGUAGGUGCACUGCUCAAUCCCUAUUUGUGGAUGUAUGCCAGCUGGUUUUUUGUGGUGUGGCCUCGGCCUGCAGCUUUUGCAUUAGGAAUUGCUUCUCUCCUUCCUGCCUAUAAAAAGGUCCAAGGAAAGGCUACAGAAUUGGAGGAAAUCUUCCUUUGGGCAGUUGCGCUCACAUUUGUUAUGGUUGUUCCUUUCGCUCAUUUCCAUGGAUAUGUAGAAGGUGGAAUUCUAACGCUCGCUCUUGUUUACUUUUCAUUCUUUCUAACUGGCUACUACAUUAGGUUAUUUAAGUAUGGAAAUGAUCUAAAUCGAAAGCGGGCAGAUUAUUCAUUCAAAAAACAGCCUUGGAAAAUCAUUAGCGUUCCCAGGAUUGUACAAAUUGGUUUUAUGUUGGGUGUGGUUGGGGGACAUUUGGCUGCUGUACAUGAGACUUCGGGUAUUGCAAUAGGGGGCUUGCGAUGGGUUGUGCUCUUGCUGGCAAUGGCAUUGCAGUACUAUGCGGUAUGGUACCUUGACAAGUAUUCGGAUAAAAGACUUGAUCAGCCUUUUACUGUGGCGAUAUAUGGCCCAUAUAGACUACUCCGUCAUCCCAUGUACGCAAGCACUAUGCUUUUGUUUGCCGGUUAUUGCAUGGCCCUUGGUGCCUAUAGAAGCUUAGCUUUUAUUGCUCUGGUAUGUUUCUCGUAUUACGAGUUCAAAAGUAGGUUGGAAGAGGAGAGCAUUGUGGAGAUUUUUGGGGAAGCUUAUAUAAGUUACAGGAAAAAUGUCAAACAUAAAUUCAUUCCUUUUGUGUAUUGAGGUUGAAAAACUUUACUUUAUACUGAGCUUAUUCUCAGAAAAAACACUGUAAUUGCAUGAUUGUCUGAGUAAAUUGUUAACUCUUACUUGGAUAUGUGAAGACCUUGCAAUCAGACAAGACGGUCGAGAUCCCUGCUGAACAGCAUUUAUAUUAACGACAAUGGAUGAAUGCCUAUACAACUCAUAUCACCGACUUGACUUCAAGAGUGAUUUCUUGAUAUAGCCUUUGAAGAAUUAUAAUUGUUGGUUCACGUUCCUUUUCCCUUAGGGUUUUCUAUUGGUUUAUGUUCUGGUUUGACUUCAAUCUAUGUAUCACUUUGUUGAAAAUGCCUUAGGCUCUACUAUUAUGUACCUUUUAGCAAUGUACUUAUCCUCAUUUCUAUUGGCCAUUAUUGGUCACGUUUUAGGCAUUAAUAUCUAAGUAUUGUAGCCAUGCCUGCAACUUUUGGGCAAUAGAGCAAAGGAUAUGCAGAUUUAAGGUUU